AUGAUGAUGAUGAUCAAUAAAAAUUCUAAUCAAAAUGAAAACAAAACAAAAACAAAAACAAUAGACAUUUUCAUUGAUCAUUUGAAUUUGGUGAACUGUAUUGGUAGCAAUCUAUUUAACUGAAUCAUGGUGACAUUAUGGUUAAUAUUAUGUUUUAAUUCAUUAAUACCAUUUGUGAUUACAAUCAAUAAUCCGAAUUCUAUUCAGAAUGAUGGUACAAUUGAAUCGUCUAUCGAUUCGAAUGAUAUUUAUCUAUCGGAAUUUGAAAUUGUCGAUAUGGCUAAUCAUGAUGGUCGUCUUCAUAAUGGACUUUGUUGUAAUGGAAUGAAACCUAAUGUUGUUGGCUGCAAAGGUGGCAAUACUACUUGUUUACCGUUUUGGCGUGUUUGUAUUGCUGAAUUGGCACCCGAUUUGAUUCAUUCAUCGAAUCGAGAAGCAAUCGAAAUGACCAGUACCACUACUAAAAAACCAUGGGCUAUUCCUGGUUUAUUGUUCAAAAUAUUUAGCCCAAAAUCAAGCUCAAAUGCUCGAAAUCGACAAGUAAAAGAAAUAAUGGAUCAUAUGUCACCAAGUACAUGUUCAAUUGGAUUUUGGUCAAGUCCGGUUUUAUCAACGGAUACAGUUUUUCCAUUGCAAAUGCGAAAACUGGUAACAUUGAAUUCAUCGAAAAUAGGUACCAUAUCCAAUCGGAAUUUUAUAUCGAUCGUAGAAAUAUGGAGUCGUAAUGCACGAGCAGAUGUUAAACAUCGUUUGAUUACAAGACAAGUUAGUCAUUACAGUGUAUUUAUGCAAUCUCAAGUGUUAAGUGAAGAAUGGUUUUAUGGUGGUCAUGUCACCACUGCUGUUCCAUUCGACAACUCUACAUCAACCAAAACAUAUGAUCUCCGUUUUCAGUACCGAUAUCGUUGGCAUCUCAAAUCAUUAAGUCGAUUACGUCAAGAAGGAUUCAGCAAUCAAGAUGUUAGCAAUUUAAAUAUCACCACCAACAAUGGUUGUCCUUAUGGUUUCAAAGGUGAUGAUUGUAGCAAACCAAUCUGUAUGGAAGGUUGCCAUCCUGAGCAUGGAUACUGUGAUCAACCAGAUCAAUGUUCUUGUCGAUUUGGCUGGACAGGCAUGUUCUGUCAAUAUUGUCUUACGUUGCCAGGUUGUGUUCAUGGAUCCUGCACUCGGCCAUUGGAAUGUCGUUGCGAACCAGGAUGGACUGGAAUGUUUUGCUCAAUACCCGAAUGCAAAUCUGGUUGUCAUCAUCAAAAUGGAUACUGUAGCAAACCGGGCGAAUGUAAAUGUAAAUUCGGGUGGCAAGGUGAAAAUUGUACCGAAUGCUCAACAUUGCCAGGUUGCCAACAUGGAACCUGUGAUGAACCUUUAGAUUGUAAUUGUCAAAAUGGUUGGCAAGGUACAUUUUGUUCGACACCUAUCUGUGCAGAUGGCUGUGCCAAUGGAUGGUGCCAAAAUCCAGGAGAAUGUCGUUGUAAAGUAGGAUUUCGUGGCCAAAAUUGUAGCGAAUGUGUUCCAUAUCCAGGAUGUGAACAUGGUGAUUGUAUAAACAACGAACCAUGGACAUGUGGUUGUCAAACUGGUUAUGGAGGAUUUACUUGUAACGAACGUCUCGAUUGGUGCGAACAAAUCACCCGAUCAACGUCAAACCAAACUGACCUAUCGCAACCAAUUUGCCAGAAUGGAGGAACUUGUAUCAGUGUUGAACAAUCUGGAGGUAGCUAUCGUUGUCAUUGCUCAUUAGGAUAUACAGGUAAACAUUGUGAACAAAUCGCUUGAUGAUAUGAUUUAUGGUAAUAUUUGAGAUUUGCUACUCUAAUUGUUUGUAUUGUGCAUGACUAUGUUUUUUGUUUGUGAUUGUAAUAUU